CACAAGAUGGCGGCGCGCUGGGAGCGUAGCAUCUGCGUUUCUAGGCGCUUCGCUGUGUGAGUGGGUCAGGAUCCUGCGUUUGUGCGGGGCCCAGCCAUACACGCCGUCCGGCUCCUACACUGGCAUACGAGAUGGCUCUAAGCAAAUCAAUGCACGCAAGAAACAGAUACAAGGACAAGCCACCUGACUUUGCAUAUCUGGCAUCCAAAUAUCCAGAUUUUAAGCAGCAUAUUCAGAUAAAUCUGAAUGGGAGAGUAAGUCUUAAUUUCAAAGACCCUGAAGCAGUCAGAGCCCUAACUUGUACUCUUCUAAGAGAAGAUUUUGGACUUUCUAUUGAUAUUCCUUUGGAGAGACUAAUUCCCACGGUUCCCUUGAGACUCAACUACAUUCACUGGGUAGAGGAUCUGAUUGGUCACCAGGAUUCUGACAAAAGUACUCUCCGAAGAGGAAUUGACAUAGGUACUGGAGCAUCCUGCAUCUAUCCCUUACUUGGAGCAACCUUAAAUGGCUGGUAUUUUCUGGCAACAGAAGUAGAUGAUAUGUGCUUCAAUUAUGCCAAGAAAAAUGUGGAACAGAAUAACCUCUCUGAUCUCAUUAAAGUGGUAAAAGUGCCACAGAAGACACUCCUAAUGGAUGCGCUUAAAGAAGAGUCUGAGAUCAUCUAUGAUUUCUGCAUGUGCAACCCUCCCUUUUUUGCUAACGAGUUGGAAGCCCAGGGUGUAAACUCUCGGAAUUCUCGAAGACCUCCACCUAGUUCUGUAAAUACAGGAGGCAUCACAGAAAUCAUGGCAGAAGGAGGUGAACUAGAAUUUGUUAAAAGGAUAAUCCAUGACAGUUUAAAACUUAAAAAAAGAUUACGGUGGUACAGCUGUAUGCUGGGGAAGAAAUGCAGUCUAGCCCCUCUGAAGGAAGAGCUCAGAACCCAAGGGGUUCGUAAAGUCACCUUCACUGAGUUCUGUCAAGGCCGGACAAUGAGAUGGGCCUUAGCUUGGAGUUUUUAUGAUGAUGUCACAGUACCGUCACCUCCAAGUAAACGAAGAAAAUUAGAAAAGCCACGGAAACCCAUUACAUUUGUGGUGUUGGAGUCUGUGAUGAAAGAAUUAUCCCUCAAAGCCUCGUCUUUGGGCUCUGAGACAGUAGAAGGCAUAGUAGUUGUGACAACAUGGAUAGAAAAAAUUCUCACUGAUCUGAAGGUUCAACAUAAACGAAUUCCGUGUGGAAAAGAAGAAGUUAGCCUUUUCCUGACAGCCAUAGAAAACUCUUGGAUUCAUUUAAGGCGGAGGAAAAGAGAGCGAGUGAGACAGCUGAGAGAGGUUCCCCGAGCCCCCGAGGACGUCAUCCUAGCCUUGGAGGAGAGGAAGGCCACUUCCAGAGAGCUCAGUGGUGGCCAGGACGAGAGUGCCUUGUGCGGGCUUGCUGUACCAGAAGGCGAGUCUGCCACUAUUGGUGGCCAUCGCCUCAGCCAGGAGUCACUUUGCCAGGAGGAAACUCUAGAAGCCAUGGAGGAUGAAAGGAGUGAGGAAAGGGGAGGGAUGGAGACCAUGGAAAGUUGUAAAGGCUCUAGCAAUGGAGCCCAAGCCCGAGAGGCUUCUGAGAAGGCAGACGGCCUGGACGGAGCAGCUACACGUUACCUGUUUAAGUGCCUGAUCAACAUUAAGAAGGAAGUAGAUGGCGCUGUAGUUGAAAUGCAUUGGGUUGAGGGCCAGAACAGGGAUUUGAUGAAUCAGCUUUGUACCUACAUACGUAACCAAAUGCUGAGGCUUGUUGGGGUAGUUAAUUCUUAAUUUCUUCUACGGUUAGAAAAGUGUCUGUAUAAAGCUAAGGAUAUGGUGCAAUGACCGUAUGUGCUUAGUGUGCAGAAGCUACCCUGGGUUGUGUCCCUAACAUCUAACAUCAGUACAAAAAAGUCUAUAAAGUAACUUUGGAAGUGGAGCCUAUUGGGAAGCCAGAGGAAUUUCACUACUGGUCCUUUAGUGACACCAUGUGGAAUCAUGUUACAAAGCAGAAAUUUAGUCCACUUAUCCCAGUGCUUGAAGACUGAGGCAGGGUGACUGCUCUGAGUUUAGGGUCAACCUAUGCCAUAGAGAAAGACACUUGUCUAAAUAAAAAGAAAAAAGGAAAGCAGAAAUGAAUCCAUUUUUAACCCUUCCCCUCUUAAAGUGAUCUGGAGUUGUGUGUACGGUACAGUGGCUCAGGAGGAGUUUAUCUGCUAGUGACUAUUGCUAGCAGAUAAACUCAAGAGGAACUUGGAACCUCCUCCAGCAGUUUGUCUCAGCCUUGAACUCAUUCCCUGAGGCCAGAGGUAUUGUCUGUGACUGCUGCCUGGAAUGUGUCCAUCAGUUGGGUUGAUUGGUAAAGAGGGUUUCAGUGUUCUCCAAUGGAGGCCAUACAGCAGAGCCCAGCCUGGCAGUGCUCAUAUUUGCCUUCAAGACACUGCUUUCUUCGGUACCUAGAGUUGAUUGAGCCAGCCCUCAAGAAGGAGCUACCCUGCUGAUAGGUGGCCAGAAUGUCAGGUGAAGAAAGGGCCGGUCUGGGAACACAUGAUGAGAGUGCAUUGCUCAGCUGCUGAGGUUCUGACAUUGCCUGUCUCAGAGCAGAAUUGAGGAAGCAGAGUCGGAGAUGUCUACCUGUCCCCUCCUACAGUGUUGUUCUUUGGUAAUGUGCUGCUUUUUAUUGACAUGUGAAAUGGAAUAUGUUUUGUUUUUAAUACAAGACUUCAGAAUUGAAAACUAUUGAUUCUGUUUGAAUCCUGGAAUUGAGAUAUUUUGUUGUGUUUGAGUUGGGUAAACAGUUGAUGUGACAAACAAGAAACGGGGGUCCUCUGUGUACUCAGUAGGGUGUGGGGUAGAUUGGUAAGUAGAGCAUCCACAUCUGUGAAGGUCCUGGAACUCGCUUUGUAGACCAGGCUGGCCUUGAACUCAAAGAGAUCUGCCUGCCUCUCUCUCCCAAGUGCUGGGAUUAAAGUCUUGAGUCACCACUGCUCCUGGAUUAUAUAUUCAACACCAGAGAAAAACAGAUACCGGUGUGGUGUAAAGUGGACCCUUCUGUGUGGCCAGCUAAUUUGUUGGCCAAAUCCUACUUUUUUAGUGGCUUUUCUCUGUCUGCUUAUCUGCUUAUCCAAGGCCAGGGUAACAGUGUCUGAAACUAAUUUCUAAUGGGAAUGCUGGGGUUUUGCAGAUACUUCUGGAAGAGGCUCAUUUUUGUUCUUUUCGUGUCUCAGAAAUUGUCUUUUGUGCUGGAUUCUUGACUAAGCAGCCUAGGGUUCUAUAUGGACAGACUGGUAUAGAGCCUGAGCUCUUUGGCACCCAUAAAGACUGGUGCUGAGUAGUUAAGUUCCCAUUUUGAGAGGUGGCUAUGAUUAGAUCAGAAAGCUGGUGCUGUGGCAUAACUUAAUGGCAGCUGGGUCAGGCUGUUGGCAAAAGUAUAAGAAUAUGCAAAUAAUGCAAUGGGGUUGAAAAUUGGGAAAGAACAUAUAGCUGUAGUCUUUCAGAGACUCCUAGGAGCAUGUUCUCCCCACCCCCUACCCCUGGGGAUCUGUCCAUGAUGUAGUGAUUAGACUAAGGAGAAGAAGCACUGAUCUAAUCCUCCCAUUCAUCUGGCAGCAUGAAGAAACCAGUGUUCAGGGUCACAAACUGCACCCAAAUUGGAUCUAGGGCCUUAGAUUGCCUGCAUCCAGUAAUUAUGUCUCUGUCAGGGUAUGUGUAUGUGAAUGCAGUUGCCUGCAAAGGGAUCACAUCCCUUGGAGCUGAAGUUACAGGCAGUUGUGAGCUACCAGAUUUGGAUGCUGGGAACCAAACUUGGGUCCUCUGCAAGAACCCAUGCUUUUAACCAUCGAGCCAUCUCCCCAGCCAUAGCUGUUGUCUUUGAGUCAUGGUCUUAUGUAGUCGCAGACUUGGUGUGUAAUUGAGGAUGAAUUUAAUGUCCUUUUCCUCCAGUAUCUCUAUCUUGAGUGCUGGGAUUACAACUCUGAUUUAUGUGGUACAAAUGAUCGAUUAGUUGAGCCGAGGACUCCCUGUGUGCUAGACAGAUGCUUUGCCAACUGAACUACAACCACAAUAAGAUGAUAUUGAAAUCAUCUUUUUCAUUGAAAACACUUUAAAGGGACAUAUUAUACAUGUGCUUUGUAAUUGAAGGGAAGCUUUUUAAAGAAAUUGGUUGCUCACAUGUCACAGGAUUGAGUGGCGUUCUGUUUAAGUGUCUGGAGGUCAAGUUUGUGUUGGUGUUGGUGGAUUGAUAUGAAAUUAAAUCUCUGUGGUAUUGUCUAAAGUUCUAUUCUGGUCCCUGGUUGGCUUCUGAUCUCCUGAUAGCUGAAGUGGAACAGAAACUGUACUUGUUUUCCAGUGUGAGGUAAGGAAGGUGCUUGUGUUUAGAAUCUGCUCCAGUUUUGUCUGUUUGCUUUCCUGUGUUCAGCUGUUCUCACACUAGGGCUUUGCUAUACUUUAAGUCCAAGCUGGCAGCUCCGAGGAGGAGUUUUAGCCAACCUCAAGGGGUCUGGUCUGUUACUAUAUUUUAGAAAACAAAAUCUCUUUCCCUGGUGGAAAUCAAGGCUUCUGGUGUCUGUCAGGAAUAAUCAUAUGGCCAGAUGUGGAAAAAAUGUAAAAAUCACAUACAGAAGACAUCAAAGCCAUUUUAUUUUGUUUUUUGAAGUAGGGUCUCAUUCAUGCAGCUCAGGCUGGGCUUGAACUUUUAAGGUAGCCAAGGUUGGCAUUGAAUUAACUCCUGGUUCUCCUGCCUCCACCUCCUCAGUUCCUGGGAUUGCCGAUGGUUGCCUCCAUACCUGGCUUUAUGUGCUACUGGAGGCUGAACUCAGGGCUAAAAGGCAGGCACUGUAACAGUUGAGCUACACGCUAGGACUCCCUCUUCCCACUUUGAAAAGAAGGGAGUAAAUGCUGGGUGUGGUGUCCCCAUCUGUAAUCUCAGCAUUUGGGAGGUGGAAGAAGGAGGAC